AUGGAGGACCAACCGUCCUUCAUGACCCUCCGGACGAGGAGGCCGGAAAACGACGAGCACAGCAUGAGCAGCGCCGACUCCGCCUACGGCUCGGCCACUGAAGGCUCGCUGCCGGCGACCCACGACAUCAGCCGGGUGAGCUAUCAUGUCAGGCACAUCGAGAGCUUCGCCCAGGCCCUCCAGCAUUCGGCCUCCAGGGCAUUCCCGAACCGCGGCCGCUCUCAGAGAUACGCCAAGGUGAUAGCUCUGCUGUUGCACUGGAAGUCCGAUGACCUGUUUGUCCUGCCGGAGCUCGAAGACCUGGAAAAGUGCUUCCGCGAGCACUACAAUUUCGAGACCGACAUCUUCCCCAUCCCCUCCGAGAACUCGCACCUGGAGCUGAUGCUCAAGAUCGGCGAUAUGGUCAAGCAGCAUGAAGCCGAAGACACGCUCUUCAUCGUCUACUAUGGUGGCCACGCCCGGAUUGACGAGGCGCGGCAGAGCACCUGGUGUGCCAAUCGCCGCCCCGAAUCGCCGUGGCUUCAAUGGUCGGCUAUCCAGACCCUCUUGGAGAGAUCCGUCUCAGACGUCAUGAUCCUCCUUGACUGCUGUGCCGGAGCUGCAAGCGCUACUUUUCCAACUGGAAAAACAAGCAUCACCGAGACCAUCUCGGCCUCUAGUUGGGAUGCCAUUGCCCCCGAUCCGGGCAGGUAUUCUUUCACAAACUCCCUCAUCGAAGUGCUCGAAGAGUGGCGCCAACGGACCUUCUCGGCUGCCAUGCUCCACGCCGAGAUUCUUGCCCGCCUGAAGCACCCGCGGCCCAUCCUGAUCAACGGAAAACACUUUGAAGCGCGAUCGACCCCAGUCCACUUCAUGAUGACUUCCAAUCACAGGGCACCCAGCAUCGAGCUCUGCAGACUGGUCCCCAGGAAACGGUUGCCUCCCUCGCCGCCGAACGAGCUGACCUACUGGAACCAGCCGGUUCAUCCAAGGAUGAUCGAAGGGAGAAACCCCGUCGAGCAGUACCCUCUAGCUCCCCCUCCUCCGGACUUUGGGAUCCCCGACACGUCUGAGCCGAACGAGGACGAGCCACAUGUGCUGAUCUCGUUGGCCCUUGAGGACGACCAACGAUUGGACCUGAACGACUGGGAGACUUGGCUGGCCUCGUUCCCCGCCAUUGCAAAAUACGUCAAGGUCCAAGGGGUUUUCAAGAGCCACUCUACCCUUCUCUUACUCUCUCUUCCGGUAAUGGUCUGGGAUUUCCUCCCCGACGACCCGGCCUGCUCUUUCGUGGCCUUCAUUCGGUCAAACAACCUUAUUGGGUCCCAGAAGGCAGCACGGGAACCCGAAUCUACGGGGGUCCCCGUUUCCGAGAACGUGCCGGCUUCGAACCUAGUACGUGAUGACGCCGAGUCCUGUCUGUCUGGUACCACGUAUGGGCCAAACGAGGGCCUAGAUAAUGCACAGCAGCCAGCUGCUGGUCCCAGCAUUCAUCGGGCUCACUCUACUGCCUUCUCUCACUACCGAGAGCCACGCACAGAUCCGAGGUUGGCGUCUCACAUCAGAGCGUCGGUGGGCUCUCAGCUCGAACAUCCUGUGCCCGACGCGUCCUCGCCCCCAGGCCCGAGGCUCGAGCCGUCAUUGGGAAGUUUGGCCGGCUCGCUCAGAAACGCGCCCUCUACCAAGGAGUAUUUCCAAAAGGAUCCAGAACCGAACAUCGCUGUUGUAGAACAUUUUGCUUCGAAUCUCGGGGUAGAGACGUCGGACAUCCAUGGCGUUCUCCUUGUUGAUCUACGGUCGUCGACCGACUUUGAAAGGUCUCACAUUCACGAUGCCAUUAACCUGCGCGCCCCGGUAAGCUUUGUCGAAAACACAUCGCUCGAGAUGAUCGAGGACACCUUCAUGGACGACCAAAGCCGCCGAAGCUUCAGCAAAUGGUCACAGUUUAAGUGCGUCGUCUUUUACGACAGGGUCAUCGAGUUCGACUGGGAGUGUCCGGUCGCCGAGGCCUUGUACAACAAGUUCCGGCGAAAGGGCUGGCAGGGCCAGUGCUUCAUUCUCAAAGGCCAUUAUCGCGAGUUCUCGGCUUCAUUUGACAAGUACAUUAGCGGGGCCAAGAUGACUAGCGAAGCCAAGGAAUACCUCGACAGUCUUCGACAGCAGCCCUCUCCCACAGAGGAAGAAGCGAGGAAGCGGGAUGAAGACUACCGGGAGUGGCUGGACAUGUUUACAAGCCAACAUCGCACGCCGACGGCAGACCUCAUCCCGGCGAGGAAGUCUGAGCGCAGAAGGACAGUGGAGCAGCGUCAAAAAGAGCUCGAGGUUGAGUUCGAGGCGCGUUUCCCCGCGCUUUAUAAGAAGUCGCAAGCCAUGCGAUCUGCAGCAGCCAUCGACCAUCCUCCUCCAUCUCCACCGCCGCGGUCGCCACCUCCCCCGUUCCCCAGCGAGACCGGGAGGGACCAAUCUUCCAGGGAAGUUGAUUGGGCAGGACCCGCCAAACACCACGACGACCACGACGAUGACGAUUUUGACCUGCGAAAAGCGCCACUUGUCGGUCCGCUUGCCAGCGCACUGGACAAGAUGCGUGAGGCCAGCAACCUGGCAUGCUCCAAUUCCGGGACACCUUCCCAGAGUUUCCAGGACGAUUACCCCGUCAAGCCGAGAGCGGACUAUUUCGGGGACGAGUACGACCACGAUUACGAUGAAAUUGACCCCAAGAGCGAAGGUCUGGGCAACGACCCGGGUUUUCAAAAUGCCGGGAUACCGGUUGCUGCUGAAUCCUGUGCUGGAGCUGCGGCAAGGGAUGACACGCCACGAGAGGACACGUUGAAGAAGGCUUCCAAAAAGCGGCCGCAACUAUGGGAAAGGUUAAGGGGCGCGGGCGCAAAAUGA